CUGCAGCAGUGAACCAGUCAGCGGGCUUCACUCAGCAGCAAAAUGGCCGCCCGUCAAGCCGCUGGAUCCACGGCGAUCUGAAUUUACCUUUUUUUUUUUCCUGCACAUUAACGCUUUACUCAACAUUAGUACUUAUUCGCCAACCGAUAAACGUGGGAUCUCAUCGUUUGCCAUUGACCCGACUCACCGCUCAGGCUAACCGCGAAUCUUGUAGCCUUGACGAAUGCAUCAAAGAAAAAAAAAAAAUCGCACUGAAGCACUUUAGCUACGCUAGCUAGCUUGCUAGCUUUUCUUCAUAUGUGAUUCCUGGGAAAAAAGAAGCACCAGGACAGGAGCAGUAGUUCAUGGAAGACAAGAAAAGGAAAAAAGAAGACAAAAGGAAAAGGGAAGCCUCUCAGAAGGUUACAGAACAAAAAAACAAAGUGCCAGACUUGAGCAAGCCGGUAUCGGCCCAGUCUCCUGCCACCCAGAGCAGCUCUGCAUCCCCCAGCCCUGGACCCACCCCCUCUGCUUCCCCUUCCCCAGCCACCUCAGGCCCCGGCAGUGCUGCCACCCCAUCACAGGGCGGCAACAAUGCCAAGCGCCUGGUGGUGGCCAAUGGACAGUCCACCUCCACCACCAAUUCUUCAUCCACCACCUGCAGUCCCAGUACUCCUGGAAACUGCAGCACAAGUAGCGGAGGUGGUGCCCAGGCGCCUCAGCAGCAACAGCGCUACAUGCCGAGAGAAGUGCCACCACGAUUCCGCUGCCAGCAGGACCAUAAAGUGCUACUGAAGAGAGGUCAGCCGCCGCUGUCUUCUAUGCUGUUGGGUGGAGGAGGAGGAGAUGGCCCCAAUGCAAACAUGUCCACUGUUUCAGAAUCUGGUGCGAUUGCCUCCUCAUUGGUCCUCACCUCAUCAUCAGUUGCUGCUUCAACUACUACUUCUAAUUAUGCAAAUUCCAUGUGGGGGGCAAGCUCAAACAGCCAGGCCUCUUCUCAGGGCAGGGAGAAGGUGAUUGUGGAUGGCAAUGACCUGGAGGAGUGGCCGAGCAUUGCUGGAAGCGAUGUGGGUGGAGUCUCUCUUCCCAUGGCUGGUGGAGGCAGCAGCAACAACACAAUGCCUGUGAACAACAGCAUUAGUGCCUGUGGCAACCAAUCUUCACCCACUUCCUCAUUCUCUGUGCCCAAUGAAUGUAUGCAGUCAUCCGGUGGCGUGGCGUGGGGGACGGCUGCCUCCCAGGGACGUCUUGGAGGAGGGAAUGCAGUAUCUGCAGGUGGGCCUCUGCUACAUCAACCCUCCUCACUUUCCAAAGCCUCCGCUGUGCCAGGGAGCCAUGAUGCCAGCGGCCCCCUUAAUGGCAGCAGUGGAAUUCCAGGUGCCAAUUUCAGUCCAAAUGCCAAUCCUUCAGCCUGGCCUGCCCUGGUGCAGCAGGAUGAGCCUGGUGCUGCAACAGAAGGGGGGCCGUCUGCCUUCCAUCACACAGGCCCUGGUGGGUCUUUGUCCGCCAACAACUCUGCUACCAUCAACCUGGGAGGUACAGCAGUUGGGGUUCUUGGGGGACACCCACCUUUAUCUGUGAAUCAAUCAAAUGCCCAUCAGCACCAACUUCACCAAAUGCAAUCCAGAGACAGAGAGAUGGGAGGAGGAAAAUGGGACAGUGAAUCAGCAGGACCAAAAAUUGCAGGGGGGGAAGGGAUUAGUGGAGGGAUGGACCAUGGUAUAGGAGGAGGUGGGAUGAAUGUGGGAGACCACAGUGUCACCUCCUCAUGGAGAGGCCAGCCUUCUCACCCUGCUAACUCCAAAACGGGUGCCUCAAGGAAUGGAGGUAGUACGGGGGGAUUUGGAGUUGGUGAAGGAGAUAAUGGGACCUCGGGUUGGGGGUAUCCAGAUUGUAAUAGUGGGGUUAAUGCUUGGGGCACUGCUGGGGGAAACGGUAGUCAGACCUCUGGGGCAUCUCAGGGAGGGUGGGGUUCAUCGGGAGUUGGAGGGGAGAGAGGAGUGUCUGCUGGUGACUGGGGAGGAAACUCCACUGGUAUUGGUGGCGCUAAUCCAGAGAGAGAGGAAAUAAUUGGAGCCUGCAGCAGCAGUGGAGCCAGCACAGCUGGCAUCCCCCCUGCCACCUCGUCGUCUUCAACAGUCACCGCUACAAACAGAGCUUGGGACAAUCAAAAGGGUGAGAGUGAUACAGGGGAGUGGGGAGGGGUGGGGGGAGGGCAGGGUGUCCGAGGAGGAUCUUCAUCCAGUGGUGGGAAUUCCAGAAAUGGGAGUGCGCCAAACAGUAGUCAGAGUCGUCCUCGCCGCCAAACGCCCAAUGCUGAAGCUGCCUUACAGAGCCUGCUCAGCCGACCUGACCUGGAUCCUCGAGUUCUUUCCAACACUGGUUGGGGCCAGACACAGAUCCGACAAAACACAGCUUGGGAUGUUGACGAACAUGGUGGACAAAGUAGAGGAGGAUCAUCAUCACUUGCAUCAAAACACACACCUUCUCUUGGCUCAUCUUCUCAGUAUUCUGGCGGGCUCAGACCCCUGGUCACUGACACUGUGGGUCAAGGACUCAACCCUUCCCUGGUUUCUUCUGCUGGGUCCUCGGGAGAAGGUUGGGAGAGCAGCAGCAACAGUAGCAGCAGCGGGAGCUCUCUAUCAGGGAGGCCCGCACCACCUUCAGGCCCCAACAUGAGGAAUGUUGGAAUAUCACAAGCUGGACCAGCAACCACCACAGGCCCAGGUAUAGGAUCAGGGGUACUACAGGAGGGUCGUCAGCAAGGAAAAGUUUCUACCUUGAGUGGAGUAGGAAUAGGGGCAACCCAUGAGGCCAAAGGUUGGGGAAAUGGGGAAUGGAAAGACAUUAAAGGAGGAAAUGGUGGAGGAUGGAGUGAUCUUGGUCAACCUGGUGACCCAGUGAGUGGAGGCUGGGGUGGAAGUCAAGAGGAUAAAGGAACAGGACAAUGGAAAGAGAUAGGAGGAGAGGGAAGAGGAAGUGGAUGGGGUUCAGGACAGAAAGUUGGGAUGGGUAGGGACUGGGGAGAGCAAGAAUCUAAAUCAAAUAGAGGAGGAAGAUGGGAGGAUGAAAGGAAGAAUGGAGGAAACUCAGGUGGGGAUACUAGCGUGGGUGGUUGGGGCUGGGAUGAGAGUGCCCCUCGAAGAACCUGGGGUCCGGGAGUAGCAGGUGAUGAAGGAAAUGUGGGUGGGGGGAUGGGGUCCAAGUCCCAUCAAAGUUGGAGUGGGGGAAGUAAAAUGCACCAGAUGCCAAACAGCCAGUCGGGUUCCAUUACAGGCCCACAGGCACAACUGCAACAGCAACAAUCACAGCCCCGCAAUCUGCAGCUGCAGCAAACAUUGGACCAAGGGGCUAUGCAAGGGGAUGGGGGCAGGAAACCCAUCUCCCAAGCGCAGAAUUUGAACCAAAGCUCAGGCUGGACCUCUGGUAUUAUCCCUGGUGACCCUGCAGGAGGUGCAAGUGGAUCUGAACCAAGUGGAUGGGAAGAACCUUCACCACAGUCUAUAAGCAGAAAAAAUGAGAUUGAUGAUGGAACAUCAGCAUGGGGAGACCCAACCCAUUAUAACUACAAACCAGUCAAUUUGUGGGAUAAGAACAACUCUCCCGCUGGUCAGCAGCAGCAUGGUCAGGUUCCACAGCAGCAGCAGCCACAGCCACAAGGACCUGCAUUACAGCAGCAGCCUAACCGACAGGCUGCAGGGAGCAGGGACUUCAACACGGGGCAUGGGCCUUCAAGGUCUUCAGCAAUGGGUCCGUCACGUUGGGGUACUACAUCUCCCACAAGCCCUACGGUAGAUAAUGGCACUGCAGCCUGGGGGAAGCCCAGCGAUGCCCCAACUGGGUGGGGAGACCUUGAUGAUGCUGGAGGGAAUACUUCAAGUUGGGGAAACCCUUCCCCCAACCCCAUCAGAUCUGGUUCAAAGUCUAUGCAAGAUGGCUGGGGGGACAAAGAGACCUCUGUGGCAGCGUCUCGUCACUCGAGCUGGGAGGAGGAGGACGAAGGAGGCGGCAUGUGGAACAGUACUGGCUCACAAGGAAGCGGCUCGUCUUGGGGUCAGGGAAGCAAUGGGGGCUGGGGACAGAGCCACACCGGGAAGAAACCCAGCAACAAGGGUUCAGUGAAGGCUGGAGGAGGAGAUUCGUGGCUCAGCCCAAUCAACAGGCAGUUCUCCAACAUGGGGCUAUUGAAUGAUGAUCCCAGUGGCCAAAGCAUUGAUCUUGCUCCAGGACCUCUUCAGGAGAAGAAGAUUGAUGUGGAAAAGAGAGUCACAGGCAUGAAUGAUUAUAAUGGAGAGAUGCGAAAGGGAGGCAGAGGAGGACCAGGGAUGGUUUAUCGUUCAGCUGCUUCCAAAGAGGUGUUGCCUGGAGAUACUGGAUCCUACUACGACAAGGGUGUUCACAACAACUUUGGCAGUGCUGGAGGUAUGGCUCAGUCAAGACACCAGCCAAAUGUCCCACCCAUAAAUCAGUCCCCAGGGAUACGAGCACAAGUGCCUCACCAGUUCCUGCCACCUCAGGUGCCAGGCUCCAUGCUGAAGCAGAUGCCCCCUCCCAGUGGGAGCGUGGGAGGUGUUGGUGGUGUAGGAGGAGUGGCAGGAGUUGGGGGAGGUGUCUUUGCUCCACAGCUGUCACCCCAGCACCUUGCCAUGCUUGGCAGCAUCUACCCCCCACACAUCCAGUUUCAGCUGGCUUGUCAGCUCCUUCUCCAGCAGCAGCAGCAGCCACAGCAGCAGCAGCUGUUGCAAAACCAGAGGAAGUUUACGCCCAAUGUCCGCCAGCAGGCUGACCCUCAACAGCUGGCCCGGAUCAUGGCGGUGCUCCAGCAGCAGAGGCAGCACCAGGUCGGUUUAGGUGGCAGCUCAAAACUGUCCCCCUCCCACCAUGGUUUAGUGGGCGGUGGGGGUCCCAAACUACCCGGAUCAGACUCCUUACCACACCCAAGCCUGGCCGGAUCGAUGGUUGACUUGCACCAGAAAACACUUGGACAGUACUCUGGAUUUGGUUCUGGGGUAAACAUGUCUGGUCUGGACCUUGGCGGCUCAGUGGUGGGAGGACCCGGGGGUAUUAAAGACCUGGGGGUGCAGCAGUCUCGUUUCAAAUGGAUGAUGGAGGGUCACUCGCCCCCAAACCCUUCUCCACCUGAGAACUCAUUCCACAAAAAUGGUCUUGUAACCCCCCUGAAGAUGUUGGGGGGCUCGCCUUACUCUCAGUACGACAUGUUGGUUGGAGACGGGCUAGGUGACAAUUGGCAUCGCACCCCUGGGAACAAAAUAGGUGCCAAGACAACCUCCACGCCCAGCUGGCCCCCGGAAUUCCAGCCUGGUGUCCCCUGGAAGGGAUUUGACCGUGUUGACCCCGAGUCUGACCCCUACAUGACCCCAGGGAGCAUGAUGGGAAAUGCAGUGUCCCCCGGCCUCAAUGACAGUGAGCACCAGUUGUUACAAGACAACACCGAUUCCACCCCUCCCCUCAACACCUUGCUGCCUUCACCUGGUGCCUGGCCCUACAGUGCCUCAGACAGCCCCCUCAACAAUGCACACAACCCGGCAAAGUACACAGACUACAAGACCAGCUGGCCCCCAGAGCCCAUUGGACACAAGUCUUGGAAAAACAACCGUGGCAACAGCCAGAGCCAGCUGUCCCGCCCACCUCCAGGACUGCCCAGUCAGAAGCAGCCAUCACCUUCACCUUGGUCAGGAGGGGCCCCUCGUUUGGCUGCCAGGGGUUGGGGUGGUGGCGCCAACACCACUGUGUCGACUUGGAGUGAUGGCACUUCUCGGGAAAGCUGCUGGUUGGUGCUCAGUAAUCUCACACCGCAGAUUGACGGCUCCACCCUGAGGACGAUCUGCAUGCAGCACGGCCCGCUGUUGACCUUUCACCUUGGCCUGACGCAGGGCACCGCUCUGAUUCGCUACGGUUCCAAACAGGAAGCAGCCAAAGCCCAGAGCGCACUGCAUAUGUGUGUUCUGGGUAACACCACCAUCUUGGCGGAGUUUGUGAGUGAGGAGGACGUGGCUCGCUACAUUGCACAUUCCCAGGCAGGAGGAGGAGGAGGAGGGAGCGGAGGAACUGCGGCCGGCUCUGCGGGCUCCGGACCUGCAGCCUCCGCGGUGGGUGCUAACAGUAACGGAAGCAGCUGUGACAGAAGUGGAGGAAGCGGCGGAGGAGGAACAGCAGUCGUGGAAGCGGUUUCCACGGGAGGAGGAGGAGCAGGAAACGGAGGAGCCAGUUCCGGGUGGCAGAGUCUGGAUGGCACGAGCAGUUCCUCUGAGCAGUCUGCCACCCAGGGUCCCGGUCUGGGAAUCUUCGCACAGUGGAGCAGCAAUGGAGUAGGAGUGGGUGGAACUGGAGGCAGCGAGCCUGGAAGGCAGGGUUUGUGGGGAGGGAUGGGCGGGGCAGGGUACCCCAGCAGCAGCCUCUGGGGUUCCCCGGCACUGGAGGAUCGUCACCAGAUGGGUAGUCCUGCCUCUCUGCUCCCUGGGGACCUGUUGGGGGGCGGGGCCGACUGACAUGCACAUCAUACACUCAUACUAUUAUAACACGCAUCAGGAGCUGGUCACACUAGAGUUUUUCUGGAGCAAACUUAAACUUUGUUCCAACUCUGCACCACCGGUGGAUUUCCUCGAGGAGGUGAAACAUUCACUGAGCUAACCGUGGAACGAGCUGGUAUUCUACAUUGUUUUACAUUUUGUAUUAUUUACCUGUUGAAUAAUACUAUUUUACUGCAUAAACUGUUCAAAAACAGGUCGCAUUUUUUCUCCCCCUUCCCCUCACCGUGAGUCGUAAUUGUUCCGUUCAGUCUCGUCUUAAAUCCUUUUCAGGUCUUUGUUAAUUUAUCUGAACUGAGCUAGCUAGCCUUGGCCAGUCAAGUCGGCUAACUUGGCUAGUUAUCAUGUUACGAAGUCAAAAACCGACUCAUUGUUGUUCAUCAGGUAACUUUAAGCUGCUAGCCAUUUGAUUAUUUAACCUUUUUACUUGUCGGAUAUUUUUGGCCAUUAGCUCCAGGCUGACGUCACAAAAGCAGCCGCAGGAAGUCACUACGUCGCACGCUGUUCCGACCUCACCCCCGUUUGGCCGGAACGCGCCGAUGAAAUUCGCCUCGUCGACUGCUAGUGUGACUGGGCGGUUGUGCUCUGUGUUUAGAGCUUUCGUGAAUUCUGACGACACUGGUCCUGAAAACACACACAAACACAUACACGCACGUUCAUACGUCAGCUGCACACAUCGCUCCACUUUAAAUGAAGACAACAGUGAAACUUGAACCAGGAGGAAGAGGUGAAAUCCACAAAAAGAAACAAAAAACUCUUUAAACUCAACUGGACUCAACUUUCUUUUUACUCCAAAUCCCACCAUCUGCUUUCAGAGACUUGAUCACUCAGGCAUGCACUGUAGACAGGCUCAGCCAGAGUCCUACACGUCAACACCUUUAGCUGUUUUUAAUGUGCCAGAGAGGUUUUGUUUUUCUUUCAUUUUUAGUAUUACUAUUUAAUGGUCAAAUGUCAAAAAUCAGACUUGCAGACUGAGCCCUCGUACAUCUGAUUGGCGUACCUUUGAGUUCUCACGUUUGGAAGCUUGACAUUGGGGAAGGAUCUGGACUUUGGAGCAAAUUUAUUUGGGACGGCGCCGCACUACUGAGUCAAACGGAUGAUGAGCAAAUCUUUUCAUUUGGUACUGACUGUACCUUGGUGGAAAUGUGUCCUCGACGUGGAAGCCAGGGUAAAAAAAAAAAAUAAUGAUAAAAAAAAUUGCCAAACUUGCACUAUAUAUGCUUCUGGGUUUGUUGCUGAACGUUCAGCGAUCUUGUCAUUUUACAGCCGAGCUAACACACAGCAGCUACGUUGACUUUAGAGACGACACAUUUCAAAGUUCCACAGCGCUGUUAUCUUUGAGUCGUGUGUACGUAUGGCAAGCAGUUUUAACAUUUGUCGUAAAACUUUCACGUUUUGCAUUUUGUGAAUCAAACUUAAGACAUCCGUUGUUACAGUGGCUGAAAGUACUUACUGGUUGAUUCCCCCCCACCCCCCUUCUUUUUUUAUGACAGAAGGUGGCUCACAGUUUGAGAACCAUAGACUGGUUUAAAAUGGUCUGAUCCAACAGUUAUUUGUUUUUGGUUUAAAAAAACAAACAAAAAAAAUUUACGUAGCCAUCACAAGUCUGGCUUAAGCAGCCUUACUCCUCUUGCGCAUUCAUAGCUCUUUAAGAGAAGUUCUACAAUAUCAUUUUGGCUUCAAACAAUCUUACUCUCUGUGUAAAUCAUUUUAAAACGCCAAAUAAAUUCUAAUGUAGCUUCAGUAACACCUGCUUUGUUAUUGUGAAGGGAAAAAUCAGGAUUCAUGUAAACCAAGUGAUCAAAUUCCUGCAUUUAAAAAAAAAUAAUAAUAAUAUAGAAGGGUGCGAGGGAUGGCUGUUGGGUUUUCCCAAAAUAAGAAAAACAUUAGAUUUGUUUGCAUCUGUAUUUCAUAUUUCUGUAUUUACACUUAUGACUUGUUGAAAUUGCAAUUCAUAAAUAUGAGUCCUCACAGUUUAGAAUGUCUUAUUUGGGGGGGGUCAAAAACUAAGGUAUCAUUCAAAAUAUAGUUCUAGCUGUCUGAAAUUCUAGUAGUUACUGGUUUGGUACAAAUCUGACAAUCUUCAAUUGUCUUUCUGAGGAGUCAAAGUGUAGAUUGACGAACUGAUGACCAAAAUGCCCUCCGGCCAAAAAGAUUUAGUUCUGAUUGUCAGUUAACUUGUUUGUGGAAAUAACUGAUAGAGAACUUCAUUUCUUCAGCCACAUUCUCUGCUUUGGAUACAAACUAUAACCCACCCAGAUUAGUUUACAGGUCGUCAAACAAUUUGGCUUGUCUGUAUUGUAAUGUUUACAAAAUAAGUUAAAAACAAACAAACAUGUAAAUGUUGGGAUGAGCUGAAACUUAUCUCAAGAGAUUGUUGAUCAAGAUUAAAAUUACUUGGACAUUAUUAUAGAAAUAUGGUUUUAAAAAAUGUGUUUGCAGGUAUUUUGAAUUUUAUUUUUUACAAAUCAUAUUAAAAUGGGAUGUUUUAAGUUAUUCUGACUUGUUACACACAGUUAUGACAAAUGAAAAUGCUGUAGCAAUGUGAGAGCUGAGUGGUUAUGUUUGUUAAAACUGCUUGCUAUAUUUUAUAGAUUUUUGUGAAAGGAGUGAAAAUGUCCCUUUUUUUUUUUUUUUUUUUGGAAGAGAAAAGAAACACUGACCCCAUGCUUCUUUUUUUAUGUUGUCAUGAUGACAUUAUUUACUCGCUGUAGCAGGCGUGCUCCUGCCCGAGUUUGUGUGAGUGUGAGAGAUGUAUGUUGAAGAUGAUGAUGACGACAUCGGGACUGUGUUGUUGCCACAAUGUUGAAUGUUUUCUUUGUCCAUGAGAUUCAUAAGAAGUGUGUGUGUGUGCGCGCGCGCGGCUCUUUGUACAUUUGUUGUGCGUGUGUACUUGCUUUUGAAAUGCGUGACGUUUUGACAGCUAAUGUUUUUUUGUAUGAAAGAAGGUUCGUGUGAGUGACUGGAUGUUGUGAUGGCUAAAAAGUUCAAAAACAGAUUUUAGCAGAUUUUUUUUGUUCCUGUUUGUAUUAUCUUCAUCUGUCAAAUGCAAUAAGAGAAUAUUUUGUUUUUGUUUUUUCAGCAUCUAACUGAAGGCAUUUGUGUUGAGAUGCCAAGUUGUACCCAAACCAAGCUGAGCUGGAGCAGUGUUUUACAGACACGUUAGACAUUACCUGCUAUGUUUUACCUUUUUAUUUGAUGUAACGGUUUAAAUUAAGUCUGUCUUUAUUAUCACUCCUGUUCAGGAUGUUUUCAUUUGUUUCAGAGGUUACAAAAAGGAGAGGAAAUUAAUUUAAAGCAGAAAAGAACAAGAUAAUAAAGGUUGAAUUAAA